GCCUUCUUAUUAUUUGGUACUUUCACAACAUUCACUUUAUCAUGUUCUCCAGUCAAUGAAAAUUAUAUUUCAAUAAAUCUACAAGCCAAACAAAAUUGGCGAGUUAAUGUAGACUAUGGUUUUCUUUAUCCGGGCACAAAGAUCACUACUUAUAACACUGGUAGCAAUACACCAGGUUUUAAUGAAAUUUACUUGUUGAACAAGUCAAGCCCCGGCAUUUAUGAGAUUCGACCAUUUUGGGAUUUUGAUCUAGCUACUGCUGUUGAAAUGCCAGUUGGAAGUGUAAGCGUCGGUGACGCUUUCAAAGUUAAUACUAUCAAUGGCAAGGAUAACCAAAAAUUUUCCAUCGAAUGUGCUGUCUGUGAUAUUUCAACAAGUUCUACGGACUGGAUACCAUACCACACUACAUGCUCGAUAAAGAACAUAGCAUCUGGUCUUUGUAUGAAUGGUGUUCCUGGUACUCCCGCCUUCAAUGUGACUCAAUUUGAUUGUAAAAGUGCACCAGCAUGGGAUAUUUAUGGGAGAGCAAAACCCAACACCACCACACUCACUAUUACAUCCACCGCCACACCCACCCUCGUACCCGUCAUCGCACCCGACACCGCAUCAACUUCUGAUAUUCGACUUCCAAUGUUUGGAAUUAUAGGCAUAGUUCUGGGAUCGAUUAUUGGCACGGCUGUUAUUGCUUUUGUGACGAGUUAUUUGAUUAUCCGACGUCAACGAUUGGCUUAUACUAAGAAACCUGAUCGUGUCAACGUUCAAGUUUUUUCCGGUUAA